UACAACUUAACCACAGAGCAUCAAAGUAUUUACAGAGAAAAUCAAAAGUAAAGCACCCAUGGCGGAAAUUUUCGGAGAGGACAGAUCCGCAUCCGAUCGGAGGGAUCCCACCCACGGGAUUAGCUCCGAUCAUCUCCCUCACUACCUCUCCAAAAACCCCUGUUCAGAAGGUUACCUAAGGCAAAAAUCAGUUCCCAAUUCCAGCACCAGACCCCUUGUCCGAGCCGCACUCCUUCGCCGAGGAAAAACUCCAGCAAGAAUCACAAGCUACCGACCAAAAGCUUCCCACCGGAAAAAGCCCCAAAAACCAGAAAUUUUUUUCUUCUGAAACCAAUACUCAGAACCACCAAAAAUCUUCCCCAACAACAACUGUCCUCAAACCUCCCCCAAAAAGAAAAUUGCAGAAGCUACUUAGGAGAGGCAGUUGCUUUCUGAGUUAUGUGAUCAGGUUCCUGCUCCGACAUUUAUUGUAAUGGUAAUAGUAGUGCUUUAUACAUGACUUUGAAUCUCAUUCAACAUCAGCGUACAAAACCUGCUUUAAAUGCAAAAUGGCGUUCUUGGAUCAAGGAAUGCUUGAGAUCAGCGUCCAUCUCUGUGUUAAUCAAUGGUUGCCCUUCUCGACAGUUUGGAAUGACAAAAGGAUUGAGACAAGGUGACCCCCUGUCCCCUCUUCUAUUCUUAAUUGUGGCUGAAGGCUUGAAUGGAUUAAUCUCAGAAGCAGUUAAGCAAGGACUUUUUGAAGGUGUUAAAAUUGGAAAUGGAGAGCUUAAACUCGCUCACUUGCAAUUUGCUGAUGAUACUUUGAUAAUGGGUAAAGCAACAAAGGAAAAUAUCUGGGUUGUGAAAUGUAUUAUGAGGUGCUUUGAAUUGGUGUCGGGACUGAAGAUUAAUUAUGCAAAAAGUCAGUUGAUGAGCACAAAUGUUGAGAAGGAAUGGACAACAGAAAUGGCAUACUUGCUUAAUUGCAAGAUAGGUAAGAUUCCGUUCAAAUAUCUUGGCACUCAUGUGGGAGGAAAUUCAAGGAGUAUCUCACACUGGAAGGGUCUUGUUGAAACUUUUGAAAAGAAGCUGUCUGGAUGGAAAGGCCGAUACUUGUCUAUGGGAGGUCGGAUUACUCUUGUUAACUCUGUGCUGUCCUCACUGCCCGUGUUCCAAAUGUCGACUCAUCUUCUCCCAAAAGGUACGUUGUUUAUUAUCGAUUCCAUUCGAAGAAGAUUUUUAUGGGGUAGUUGUGAGAAUAACAAAAAGAUUAAUUGGGUUAAAUGGGAAAAGGUGUGUAAAGGGAAGGAAGAGGGAGGCUUAGGGAUUAAGGAUCUUAGGUGCUUCAAUAUUGCUCUUUUGGGAAAAUGGUGGGUUAAAUUAUCUCAAGACUCAAGUUCCUUGUGGGCUAGAGUGAUUGGUGAAAAGUACGGAAGAAAGGCAAGAAAUUGGAUUAGUAUGUUGGAGGAAAGAAAGGGAAGAGGCUCUGUUUGGUGGCAGAAUAUUAGGAAGCUAAAUAGCGUGGUGGUAGGAAAGGAGGGGUGGUUGUUAGACAAUGUAAAGUUGGAAUUAGGAGAGGGGAAGAGGGUCAACAAAAUAUGGUUAACCAAAUGGGCACAUGGUUUGAUGGUCAUUGGAAGUGGGACUUAAAAUGGAGGCGUAAUCUCAGAGAAUGGGAGGAGAAACUAGAAUCAGACUUGCUUGGUGAUAUUUCCUCAGCCCAAUGUAGACAAGGGAUCGAAGACAAAUGGGACUGGAAGUUGGACAACAACCAUGGAUACUCUGCUAGUUCGGCUUACAGACUCUUGAAAGCCUCAAACCAUGGAGCUGAUGCAGAAAUCUUUAUGAAAGUUUGGAAUCCACUGACCCCAAGUAAAGUUAAUGCUAUGGU